CCUUUGACCCGGCGCUUUGUGCUAAACAUCCGGGCUAAUGUGCAAAGAGAGUGGGAAAGAUGGCGGCGUUGGUGUUCCCUGCUGAUUGGAUGAGAAACUGGGAAAAAUCGGGGCGCAGUGAAUUUUUACAGUUAUGUCGAAAUCUUUCAGAAAGUAAGCCCAGUGAUAAUGUAGCGCUAAGGGAUAUCCAAGCAGCCUUUUAUGAACUUACAUGGCAUUGCAUUAAAGGAAACCUCAAACUUGAGCAGGUUGCGGCAGUACUAACUGAUGUAAUGGAAUUACGAGAGGAUAUGUCAUCCGUUUUAGCAGAUGUGUUCUGCAUUUUAGAUAUAGAAACCAAUUGUUUAGAAGAAAAAAACAAACGCGAUCACUUUACCCAGUUGGUUGGAGCAUGUUUGUGCUUGGUAUCAGACACAGUUCUUAAAGAACGUUUGGAUCCCGAGACAUUAGAAUCCCUUGGACUCAUCAAACAAGCUCAACAGUUUAACCAAAAAAUUGUGAAAAUCAAGACCAAGCUAUUUUAUAAACAGCAGAAGUUUAACUUGCUGAGAGAAGAGAAUGAAGGAUAUGCCAAAUUAAUAACAGAGCUUGGACAAGACCUAUCUGGGAACAUCACCAGUGAAUUAAUCUUGGAGAGCAUCAAAUCAUUAAUAGGAUGCUUCAAUUUGGAUCCAAAUCGGGUACUGGAUAUUAUUUUGGAGGUAUAUGAAUGUAGAUCAGAUCAAGAUGAAUUCUUCAUACCUCUCAUAAAAUCUUACAUGUGUGAACCACAAACACUGUGUCAUAUUUUAGGCUUUAAGUUCAAAUUUUACCAGGAGCCUAACGGGGAGACUCCCUUAUCACUUUAUCAUGUGGCUGCAGCGCUGCUGCAACAGCACUUAAUUGAACUGGAAGAUCUCUAUGUACAUCUUCUUCCUGCUGAUUCAAGUAUUUUGGAGGAACACAAACGGGAGAUCAUGGAGGCGAAACAGAUUGCACGAAAACUUACAAUGGUUGUGGUUCCUUCAGAAAAGACAGAGGAGAAGGAAAAAGAAAAGGAAGAAGAAAAGAAUGAGAAGCCACCAGACAACCAGAAGCUUGGACUCCUAGAAGCAUUACUUAGGAUUGGUGACUGGCAACAUGCACAGACCAUUAUGGACCAGAUGCCUCCAUUUUAUGCUACAUCACAUAAAUCUAUAGCACUUGCAUUGUGCCAGCUUAUUCAUAUAAUCAUUGAACCUUUGUACCGAAGAGCUGGAGUGCCUAAGGGUGCAAAAGGAGCCACCAUUUGCCCUCUUAAAAAUAAGAAAGCUCCAAAACCAGUUGAGACAUUUGAAGAGUUGAGGAAAGAGGUUUUCAUCAUGUUGUGUUACCUUGGUCCUCAUCUUUCUCAUGAUCCCAUUUUAUUUGCAAAGAUUGUUCGUUUAGGAAAAGGCUUCAUGAAGGAGAGUGACAGCAAACAAGAUGACAAAGGAAAAAUGGAGACCUUGCUGAGCUGUUUUCUCAGUAUUUCUGACCAAGUUUUGCUCCCAUCUCUGACGCUAAUGGAUUGUAAUGCCUGCAUGUCUGAAGAGCUUUGGGGGCUCUUCAAAAUGUUCCCUUACCAGCACAGGUACCGUUUAUACGGACAGUGGAAAAAUGAAACUUAUAAUAGCCACCCCCUUCUUGUGAAAGUGAAAGCCCAGACUGUUGACCGAGCCAAAUAUAUUAUGAAGCGACUGACUAAGGAAAAUGUGAAGCCUUCUGGAAGGCAGAUAGGAAAACUGAGCCAUAGCAACCCAACCAUUUUGUUUGAUUAUAUGCUGUCCCAGAUCCAAUGGUAUGACAACCUUAUUAUGCCAGUUGUAGAUUCUCUGAAGUACCUCACAUCUCUAAAUUAUGAUGUUUUGGCUUAUUGUAUUAUUGAGGCACUGGCAAAUCCAGAGAAGGAAAAGAUGAAACACGAUGACACCACAAUAUCUGCCUGGUUGCAAAGUCUUGCUAGUCUUUGUGGUUCAGUCUUAAGGAAAUACCCAAUUGAACUAGCAGGAAUACUACAGUAUGUAGCAAACCAGUUGAAAGCAGGGAAGAGUUUUGAUCUGCUGAUUCUCAAGGAAGUGGUUCAAAAGAUGGCAGGCAUUGAGAUUACAGAUGAGAUGACAACAGAACAAUUGGAAGCUAUGACAGGCGGGGAACAGCUGAAGGCCGAGGGAGCGUAUUUUGGUCAGAUCCGGAAUACAAAAAAGUCCUCUCAAAGGCUAAAAGAUGCACUUUUGGAUCAUGAACUUGCAUUACCCCUUUGCUUACUAAUGGCCCAGCAGAGGAAUGGAGUUGUCUUUUUAGAAGGUGGAGAGAAGCAUUUGAAGCUUGUUGGAAAACUCUAUGAUCAGUGCCACGACACUCUGGUGCAGUUUGGUGGAUUUUUGGCUUCUAAUCUCAGCACAGAAGAUUACAUUAAGCGUGUACCCUCUGUAGAUGUCCUUUGCAAAGAGUUUCACACACCUCAUGAUGCAGCUUUCUUCCUCUCUCGGCCUAUGUAUGCACAUCAAAUACUGUCAAAAUAUGAUGAGCUGAAAAAGAUUGAAAAGGGAAACCGGCAGCAGCAGAAGGUUCAAAAAUACAUCACAGCAUGUGAGUGUGUGAUGAGUCCAGUCCAUGAAGCAGUCGUUUCACUGCAUCCACCCAAAGUCUGGGAUGAUAUCAGUCCCCAGUUCUACUCCACCUUCUGGUCACUUACUAUGUACGAUCUUGCUGUGCCACAAAAUGCCUAUGACAGGGAGGUCAACAAACUUAAGGCUCAGAUGAAAGCUAUUGAAGAAAGUUUAGAAAUGCCACCAAAUAAAAAAAAGAAGGAAAAGGAGCGUUGCACAGCCCUACAGGAUAAGCUACUGGAGGAAGAAAAGAAGCAGUUGGAGCAUGUCCAGCGAGUUCUGCACAGACUUAAACUGGAGAAGGACAACUGGCUUUUAGCAAAAUCCACAAAGAAUGAAACAAUAACAAAGUUCUUGCAACUCUGUAUUUUUCCACGCUGUAUCUUCUCUGCCAUUGAUGCUGUAUACUGUGCACGCUUUGUUGAACUGGUCCACCAACAGAAAACUCCAAAUUUUUGCACACUGCUAUGUUAUGACAGGGUGUUUUCAGAUAUUAUUUACACAGUGGCAAGCUGCACAGAAAAUGAGGCAAGACGAUACGGGCGCUUCCUCUGCUGCAUGCUAGAAACGGUCACUCGGUGGCAUAGUGACAAGACCAUUUAUGAGAAGGAAUGUGGCAAUUACCCUGGCUUUCUGACAAUUUUGCGUGCUACUGGUUUUGAUGGGGGAAACAAGGCAGACCAGCUGGAUUAUGAAAAUUUUCGACAUGUGGUGCACAAGUGGCAUUACAAACUAACAAAAGCUUCAGUGCAUUGUCUGGAAACAGGAGAAUACACCCAUAUCCGGAAUAUUCUCAUUGUUCUGACCAAGAUCCUGUUGUGGUACCCAAAAGUAUUAAACCUUGGCCAAGCACUGGAGCGUAGGGUGCACAAGAUCUGUCAGGAGGAGAAGGAGAAGAGGCCUGAUCUUUAUGCAUUGGCUAUGGGCUAUUCCGGACAGCUGAAAAGCAGGAAACCAUUUAUGGUCCCUGAAAAUGAGUUUCACCACAAGGAGCAGCCCAUGAGGAGCAGUGGUCCUGGUGCAAUACAGAAUGGCCCGGGUAGUACUGGCAAACCAGCAGUUCCUCCUAUUGUCACCAGUAAACCAGAUGAUGGAACUUCUGAAGAGUCAGAAAAAUCUAAAGAGAAGAGUCUAAGUUCUGUGAAAACUCCAAACAAAACCAACAAUGCAGCCCCCAAGUGUCCAACUAGCAAUGGAAGCACUGUUGCUAACAGCUCUAAGAUUAUCAAGGACAAGGAAGAUAAAGACAAAAGUGGAAAGGAAAAAAACAAAGAGAAGAAGGAAAAAACACCAGCUGCCACUCCAGAGGCCAAAGUACCAGGAAAAGAAAAGCAGAAGGAAGACCGUUCAGUGAAAGAGGAGAAGGCUCGUGAUAUCAAGGAAAAAACACCUAAAACAGAAAAGGAAAAGGAGAAGCUCAAGAAAGAAGAGAAGCCCUCGGCCAAGACCAUCGGUGCCAAUUUGGAGAUGAAGUCUUCUGCUGAGAAGGAGAGAGAAAUGGAGCAGCUGAAAGACAGAGAGGUUGCAAAGGAAAUAAAAAUGAAGGAGAGCAGCAAAGGAGAGAAGGCAACUAUGGCUGGGUCCUUGAAGUCACCUGUUCCCCGUUCAGAGUCUUCUGAGUCUGAGAGGGAACAAAAGCGACGUAAAGUUGAUACCCACACUUCACCAUCACAUUCCUCCACUGUAAAGGACAAUCUCAACGAACUCAAGGAUACUGCAGCUAAGCAGUACUACACCAACCACAGCAUAGCACCAUUAUCCAAAAGCAAAGAAAAGGAAAUGGAUAAGAAAGAAAUGGAGAAACCCAGGGAUCGAUCAAGAGAAAGGGAAAAGAAGGAUGACAAAGACAGGAAAGACCGAAAAAGAGACCAUUCAAACAGUGAUCGAGAAAUGAGUCAAGAAUUAAAAAGGCGGAAAGAUGAAAAUGGAACAGGCUCAUCAAAACACAGCAAGAGUGAAAGUCCAUCUGAUUCACCACAUUCCAGUGAAAAAGAAAGAGAUAAGAGCAAAAGCAGCAAGUCUUCUAGUAAAGAGAAAAGCGAUUCAACAAAACUGGAUAAGAGUUCAUCUGGUAAAAAGGAGUCAAGGCACGAUAAAGAAAAAGCUGAAAAAAAAGAGAAGAGAGAGAGCUCUGGGAUGAAAGAAGAGAAAAAACACCAUAAAUCAUCAGAUAAGCAUAGAUAAUGUAAACUGAGAUGACCAAGGCGACUUUUCUAUUGACUACGAGCUGAGGAGACCUGUUUUCAUUUGCUUCAUCUAAACUCUACAGAGACAAGUCUCAGUUUUUGCUUUGUUUUGGUAUGGAUCACUUUGAAAGCCGAGGACCCAGCUAAAUUGUACAAAAUGAACGAGCACCUGCACAAUAUUUUUGUUCUUUGUAGCCCAACAAUUAAAAAAGGCUGAAGUCUUUUACCUGCUUUUCCCUGCAUUUUUCAGUAAACAGCUGAAAGUCUGUUUUCAUCUAAUAUGAGCACAGUGUGCUACAAACAAGUGGAAUUGGCUUUAGACGGAUGUUGACUAUUCCUGCAGGCCUUCCAUUUCAUUGCCUGCUGCUUUUUUUUUUUUUUUUUUUUUUUUUUUUGGUCUUUCCCUAAUGUAUUGGAAGUAUUUGUUGGCUUUGCCAGGUUACCAUUCACAUGAACUUUUAGUUUAUGUUGUCCUCACAUAGAAGUCAUUUUAUUUAUUUUUUGCUCUUUUUAAUACAAGUACCCAACACCUGUAGCAGUUGCUGUUACAAUGCAAAUGGUCUUAUUUGUAUAUUAUGUAUACAGUAAAAUAUGGUUUACUAUAAUUGAGUUCAGAUUAUCUGUUCCUUUUAUUUCAAAUGUUUCUUGUUAAAUUUUUUGUGCUUUUUGUCACAAUGUUUUUAAAUAAAUUGUAUAAAAGUUAACUCGUUAUCAGAUGCAAUUGCAAGUAGGACUUGUACAACUGCAGGAGAUUUGUAUUGCCAUCAUUUAGUCAAAAAAAAAAAAAGAACAUUUCCAAUCUACUUUUUUGGAAUUUUUAUCUGCUGUAUUCUACCAGUGUAAGCUUUUUCUAAAUAAAUAAUAGUUUUCUCAGUGGGUCGUAAA